AUGGUGACUGCUUGUGCACUCUUCACCUUUCGAACAUUGUCCACUUAUAGUGUGCAUCUACUUCAACACCUUCCACCUCUCAGCGAUGAGAUGCGUUAUCGGUGCCCGGCCUUACCACUGAGAACACGUUCUACUCCAGAAUUCACUCUUGUAUUGGACCUGGAUGAGACUUUGGUGCACUGCAGUCUGACCGAGCUUCCUGAUGCAACUCUGUCUUUUCCUGUUGACUUUCAAGACAUCACAUAUCAGAUUUAUGUACGUGUCAGGCCUCACCUUCAUGAGUUUCUGGAAAGGCUUUCAAGUACUUUUGAAAUAAUCCUUUUCACCGCAAGCAAACGUGUUUAUGCAGAUAAAUUAUUGAAUAUACUUGACCCAGGAAAGCGGUUAAUUCGACAUCGGUUAUUCCGGGAGCACUGUGUUUUUGUGUACGGAAAUUAUAUCAAGGAUUUGACAAUUCUCGGAAGGGACCUUUCAAAAACGAUUAUAAUUGAUAACUCUUUGCAAUCUUUUGCGUAUCAAAUUGAUAAUGGGAUUCCCAUCGAAAGUUGGUUUUUUGAGAAGGAUGACCGAGAACUUUUGAAGUUGAUCCCGUUUUUGGAAAGUGUUGCAUGCCAAAAAAGCGACGUUCGUUCCAUCCUUCGAGAACGAUACAGAAUAAGGGACCAUUUACCACCAUUACCCUAUCGUGAAUAUUAG